AUGGAGGAGCAACGAACUGGCGACGAAUACUGGCUGUGGAUCUCCUUGAGAAGACAGCAGGCUGAUGAGAGGGCACAAUGCCCGGACAAUGCCCCAUUCGUGAAUCAUGAGACCCUUCAAAGCGAAGAAGAAGAAGAACUGUCAGUAAACAUGGCGGCGUCCGUGCUGUGCAGGAGGACAGUAUCGGUAUCUUUUAGGGCUUCUUCGUGCAAGCAUGCCUUUUCUCCAGGUGGUUUUCUGCUACAGACGGCUUGCUACAACCCCAAGCCACUAAGACUGAACCUGAAAGAUCCGUACAUCCCCGAAAAGGACAGCGAGAACACGCCGGAGUGGCAGAAGUCGGCCAAGUACGACCGGAAGCUGUUCGGCCGGUACGGAUCCGCGUCCGGCAUCGACCCUGCCUCUCUGUGGCCCUCUCACGCGGAGCUGGAUAAAAUAAUCGCAGAAGAAAACGAGUGGCAUCCUCCGUUGGAAGUGAUGCUGAAGAACAUUGAAGCCCGGGAGAAAGAGGAGGCGGAGAAGCGGCGAGAGAAAGAGAAAAUCAUCGCCGCAAACAUGGCCAAAAUGCCCAAGAUGGUGGCGGACUGGCGGCGAGAGAAGCGGGAGGCCAAACAGAAGCAGAAGGAGGAGAAGGCGCGGCGGGAGAAGCUGCUGGCCGAGGCCAGGGAGCGCUUCGGCUCCACCAUGGACCCCCGCAGCCCCAAGUUCCUGGAGAUGGUGGCAGAAAUCGAGAAGGAAGAGAAGAAGAAGAAGAAGCUCCUGAAGCGCAGACAGAAAGAGGAGCAGACGGCGGGCGCGGGUCCAACUCCCGCCGCCCCGUCAUAGUCAGACUUUAACCACCAAAUAUCCACUUUUGUUCAAACGUAUUUAUUCAAUCUAUAGAGUCCAGAUGAAACUGUUCUUUAGGUUACCGUUCUCUUCAUAAGAGGCUUCAGAGAAAAAACGUCUUUUCUGCUGUUUUGAUGCCUUUUAAAAAUAAACUUUUUCAGCUCCGG